AUGAUUGGAGUACAGACUGCUUUGAUUCUUUUUACUACAAUAGCUCUGAGUCAAAGCGCAGAGGCUGCCCACCAGAUCCCUUUGAUUGAAGUUGAAGUUGGUAAAAAUGUUACUUUGCAGUGUCCGGUUACAGAGAAGGAAGGAAAAUUUGUUCACUGGUUUAAGCAAUCUCCAGGAUAUAUCAUCCAGACAGUUGCUACAGGAUCUUACACAAAACAAACACUGAGCGAAGAAUUUAACAACGGUCGUUUCACAGUAUCAGAGGGGCAGUCUUUGUAUUUUCUCUCCAUGAGAAAUGUCCAAAAAGAGGAUGAAGCAACAUAUUCCUGUCAGUAUGGAUCAGCUUAUUCACAGACCUUUAAUACAAGCGUCUACUUGGCUGUAAAUGGUCACAGUGAGCAGAGAGCAGUGUACGUGAAACAAACUCCGGAGGCAGUGUCAGUCCACCCAGGCAGCUCCGUCACUCUCCAGUGUUCACUUUUCUCCAACAACAACGAGAACAGAAGCGAGUGCCCAGAUGAACACAGAGUGUACUGGUUCAGAGCGGGAUCAGGACAAUCCCAUGCCACGAUUAUUUACACUCACAGAAACUACAGUCAAAAACAAGAGGGAAGGCGUUGUGUCCACAGUCUGUCCAAAACUAUUCAGAGCUCCUCUGAUGCUGGGAUCUACUACUGUGCAGUGGUCACAUGUGCAGAGAUCGUGUUUGGAGAAGGAACUCAAGUGGAGAUAAAAGCAAAACUUGACCCGGUUGUCCUUGCACUCGGUGUGUUGUUGGCCUUUAGUGUGACUGUGAAUAUCAUCUUUGUUUUCUGCAAAAGUCAGAGAGGGUUUAAAAAUGGCAAAGCUGUAAAGGACUACAACCGCUUUAUAGAAGGAGUUAACCUGUCAGACCAGCUGAUUGGCUCCUAUUCUUCAUGCAGAAACAGCAGGAAGUGGUACGUGACAGUGCUGCAUCGCUUUAUAGACAUUUCUGUCACAAACAGCUAUCUGGUCAGCAAGGAGCUCUGUGGCAGACUGGAGCAGCAGUCAAUGACACACAACGAUUUCCAGAAGCAGUUGAUCGUUGAGCUCUGUUUGGGCUGUCCCCACAACUAG